AUGCAGCAGCUGCAGCACGUAGUCAAUACAGGCAGGCUGCCCCGCAGCAGCAGCAGCAGCAGCAGCAGGAAGAAGGGCCUCAAAGUCAGCGAGGCAGAGCGGGAGCAGGCGAGGCAGCAGCUGCAGCGGCUGCAGUCGCAGCAGCAGCAGCGGCAGCGGCGAGCAGCAGCAGCAGCAGUGAAGGCCAAAAUCAGCAAAGCUGAAAGAGAAAGAAUAGCAGCAACGGGAAAGAAGCCUCACUACGCCAGCAAGAAGCAGCUGCGGCUGCUGCUGCAGCAGGAGCUGCAGCAGCAAACUUCCAAAAAGAAACAAAUCAAAAAAGAAAUAAAAAAAGAAAGAAAAAUCCUCGCGAAGGAGCGCAAGAGAAAUCUGGUGCCCAUGAGGCGGGCGAAGCAGCAAGAAGCGGAAAAGUGA